AUGAAGCCAAGGAGAAGGCGAAAUCAUUAUCUUUCACCAAUAUAUGAAGGGCAUAAGUACGAAAAAAGGAUAUUCUCCGAAAAUCAUACCAAACAGUUCCAAGUUCACUUUGAUUUACUGACGGCUGAGAUUUUGUAUAUGAUUCUGAACUAUUAUAUUCGACAUCAUCUUACACAAGAAGCUUUAGAGGAUUUUCUGCGGAUGAUGAAUAUUAUAUCAGGCACUAAAACUUUUCCAGAAUCAUUUAAAACUUUUUCAAGUUUAUUCGAUGCAUAUUCAUGCCCACCAGUCAGAAUAUAUUUUUUCUCAAACUGUCAAUACGACUAUGGUGCUAAUCAGCCUGAAACAGCAGCAAUAUGUCCUAUCUACCCUUCUACAUUUUUUUUUACGUUGAAUAAUUUGCCUCCAGCCAUUCGGUUCCAAAAGAGUAAUCUAAUGGUGGCAGGUUUGUGGUUGUCCAAUGGAGAGCCUAACCCAAAUUUAUUAUUCAAAUAUUUUUGCCUUGAGUUGCGUAAAUUACAAGAAGGAAAAUUAAUUGGAGGCGAGCGAUACAAAGUUGUUCUUUUGCAAAACUGUUUAGAUUCAGUAGUCCGCUGUAAAGUGCAAUGUAGCAAGCAAUUUAAUGGACUGUAUGGUUGCACUUUGUGUGUUCACCCGGGAGAAACUAGAAGCACCCACAAUGGACACAAAGCCUCAGAAAUGCGUUAUAAUCACUCGAAAAAUUAUGGAUGA